AUGGAUGUGGCUGAGUCACACGUUGAUGGGAGUUUAAAUAAUGAGAAUGAGAAGGAAGGUGAGGUGUCAUCAACAUGUAAUGAUAAUCUUACAGUCGGUACCCUCUCAAAUAACUGUAUAGAAACUGGAACUGGCAGUAUUGAACCCUCUUCUUUAAUACAAGAAGAACUUAUUCAUUCUGAUUCACCAGAUACAUCAGGUGCCUCUGCAGGACAGGGUGGUCUAGAAGUACAUAGCAAGUCAGAGGCUGUGCAGAGAGAAUUGAGUGAUAAUACAGAAAAUGUUGGCACAGUACAGAGUCAAGAUGCUGCUGCUGUAGAACACAAAAGCCUUCUUGAUGUAGGUGCACGAGUACUUCAACACAUACCAGGUGAAAACAUACAGUUACUUAACAUCAUCGAAGACAGUGAAAUUGUUUUACUAGAUGAAAAUUUUGUAAUAUCAACAACAUCAGAACCUACAACUUUUAUGAUGUCUUAUGAAAACCAAGAAGAAAUGCAGGAUGUGGAAAUGUCAACAACUGAUAAUACAGAGUUACAGCUGGAAAUUCCACAGUCAGUAAAUGUGUCAUCUGCAAAAGCCUCAGAAAAUGCUGUAUCAGUUGAUGUCUUGAGUAGUCAAACAAAAAUCUGCUCCUGGAAUCCUGACAGCACAACUAUUGAGCUUGCAGAAGGAAGUAAUAAUGAAAAUGAAAGCAUACUGUUUACUGAAGAAGAAGUUUCAACAACAGAAGAGGAUGUAGGAAACUUGGUUUCAACAAGCAAUUCUGUCACACUGGGGACAGGAAAUGUUUUAUGUACAUCAGGAGACAAUAUAUCAGUUCUCAGUACCACAAAGGCAGAAUCUGUAUGUGGAACAUCUGUUCAAGAGGUUGUUCAAGACAUGCAUACAUCUCAGAGUCAUACAAGAGAUUCUAAAAUCAUUGAAACUGCACCACAGAAUUCAGGCAUUUCUACUACAUGUGUGAAGGAUAUUAAUAUUCCUUGGCAAAGAAAGCGAUGGGGUCAGGUUAAAUCUGCUGCUGAAACCAGGCCUGUUGAACAAGCAAGUUGUGAAUCUCAAGCUUCUGAUUCAGAGGGGCAAACACACAGCCCUUUGCCUGAACCUUCAACCAGUAAACAAGAAUCUCAUGUUAAUUUUCCUGAACAGUCAGUGUGUACUUCCAAAAAACCAAAGAAUCAUAAUUCUCUAUCAAACCCAAUACAAGACUGUGUGUCAUCCAGCAAAGAUGUAGACAUUGUGAACAAAACUGUUUUUACAAGACAUCAAGAAAGUAAUUUAAACACUACAACAAAUGUUAAUACAGUACCACAGUUGUCUUCUGCUCUAGAUUUGAUUAAAUCAAGUUACUACUCACCUUUUGAUGAUGAAAUUCCUUCUCCAGGCUCUUCCACUGUUGAAGAACAGAAAUAUACACAUGAUUCUACAAAUCAGACAGGUGAAUGUAGUACUACUAAUAGUUCUUCAAAUGAAAACUUCAACAUACUCACUAAGGAUCAAACUAGCAGUUCAACCUCAUCAGAAUAUCUCCAGGAGAAAGUAAUUUCAGAUUCCAAUGUAUCUAACCAAAAUUUGAAAGGUGAAAUUUCUGAAAGUAAAUUGAAGGGGAAUGUUAAAAUGUCUAUACCGUCACCUAGCCUGUCUGAUAAAAGCAAAGAGAAAACAGAACAGAUAAUAUUGGGAAAUGCUUCACCAUCAACAGUUACAGACAACAAUUUGCACCAACCUACUGAUUCCAUGGUACAGUCAGAAACAAUGUUAAGUAAACCUGUUGCCAAAACAAUUAUGAAACAUACUGCACAACUUGCCUCAUCAGCUGGAAAAACAGUUACAAGUGCUGGAAAGCUGUCUGUAUGUUCAGGAACAAAUUUAUUAGAAGAUUUAAAGGAAAUGAUCACAACAAACAAGAAAUCUUCAUUUACUUACUCAAAUACACCAGCAGUAGCCAAGAAGUUUUCAUGUGUUGUCACAGAUGUACCCACAGAGAAAAGAAAAUCUUUAGGUGUCACUGAAGCUUCAAAUAAUAAAUCUUCAGAUGUUUCAGAAAAAUCAAAUAGAAAAGAUUUUUCAUCUGUCACAAAAGCACAAAGAAGAGAAGAAUCUUCAAGUGCACCUACAACAAGGAAGGAAUCUUCAAUUCAUACAGAAGUAUCUACAUGGAAAGGGAAUAUAUCAUCAACUAAAGAUAAAGAUUCUGUUGUAAACAUAAAAACAUCAGUGAAAGGAAUGGAAACUUCACUUCUUGUUACAGAAAUGCAUAGAGAGAAAAAACUGCUGAAUGAUGGUUUAAAAGUUUUAACAGAAGAAAAGGAAACGCCAGUUAUUGGAAUAGAAUCACUUCCAAUAGGUGAAGGGACUUCAGUUAUGGACAAAGUACCAAUGAAAGAAAAAGAUACAUCAUUAGCUAUACUGAAAGAAAAUUCAGCUGUUGACAUUCAGAAAGAAGCCAUUCUUAAAAAACACUUGUCAGCAAAAGAAGCAUCAAUCACUGGUAUUCAAGCAUCAGAGCUUGAAAAGGAAACUUCAGUUGUGUCACAGGCACAGAAAGAAUCUUUAGUUUCUGACAUUCAAGGAACUUUAACUGUUAGUAAACAGGUACCAGAUAAGGUUGAGCACCAUGCAGCUCUUAGUGUUCCUUCAAAAGAACAAACUAUUCCUUUUGAAAUACAAGUUUUGCCAAAGGAAAAAGAAAUUUGUGUUACUAAUACACAAGUAUCAGCAGAGAAAGAAAAUACUUCAUUAAUUAGUCCAGAUGUAACAGACAGAGAUAAUGAUAGUUCAGGCUUACAAGAAUCAAAAGAAACGAAAGAAACUUAUUCACCUGCUACCAUACAACUACCAGUGUUAAAAAAGGAAACCUGUACUUCUGGCGCACACACACAGAAAAAUGAACUUUCAGUCAGUAGUGUAAGAACACCAGACAAAGACGAUGCUAAUGUUAUGGAGGCUCUGGAGGUAAAUGAAGGUGUAUCUGGUGUGAUAUCACCAAGAAACAAGGAUAAAGAAAUUAUCAGGAAAAGAUUUGUAGAAGUAAUAGCUAAACAAAAGACACCUACAGAUUAUCUUUAA